UGGAGUUUCGGGAUAGGAUUAGGAUAGACCGGCAGGCGGCAACAACGACAGUCCCCGCCGAUCAAAGAGGGCGGACGACGUUUAGUACUUUUUCCUUUUCUUUAGGGAUUUAUCCAAUCCAUCGAGCAGCCAGAGAAGCAGAAUCAGCAAAUUCCCCGGAAAACUCCAGCAGGAGAAUAAUCCCCUCCACCUCCUCUUUUCUUCCACUAUGGCGGCUUCUAUCUCCACAUUCAGUUCUCAUCUCGGUAACCCUUCUUCUUCUUCUUCUUCUUCUUCUUCUUCUUCCACCAUCGGCGGGGCUCACGGAGAUAAGCUAUCUUCGUCUCUGUUUGGCGCCGGCAUCAGUAGCUUGUCUUCCCACCCCCGUGGCUCUCUUCAAUUCUUCCGUAGCUCACCCUCCCGUCUCUCACCCAGGCCCCUCUCUCUGCGAGCAAUGGCUCCCCCGAAACCCGCCGGCGGCAAGGCUAAGAAAGUGAUUGGUAUCAUCAAGUUGGCCCUGGAGGCAGGAAAGGCUACUCCGGCGCCUCCAGUUGGCCCAGCACUGGGUUCCAAAGGAGUCAACAUUAUGGCCUUCUGCAAGGAUUACAAUGCCCGAACUGCUGAUAAAGCUGGCUAUGUCAUUCCUGUUGAGAUUACUGUAUUCGAUGUCAGUUCCCCAAAUUCUAACUCUCUCUGGAUUGUCACUUUCAAAUUCCACCCAAAUAAAUAUUGGGUCCUUAGAAGUCCUUAACCUGAAUUGUUGCCAAUUUGCAGGACAAGAGCUUCACUUUCAUUUUGAAGACGCCCCCUGCUUCAGUUCUGUUGCUCAAGGCCGCAGGAGCGGAGAAAGGUUCUAAGGACCCAAGAAAUGAAAAAGUGGGUAUGAUAACCAUCGAUCAACUGCGGACAAUUGCUGCAGAAAAGCUCCCAGACUUGAACUGCACAAACGUUGAGUCUGCAAUGAGAAUCAUAGCGGGAACAGCAGCUAAUAUGGGUAUUGAUAUUGAUCCCCCUGUUCUAGAACCCAAACAGAAGGUACUAGUGUAGUAGUUCUCUGUGAGCCCUACUUGGGGACUUGUAUUUGUUUUACUGUCUGUAUUCAGAAGUCAUUUGAGAUAGGAAACCAUCCGCCUGAGGCCUACAGGUGUGUGACAGAAGUAGGGAACAAUGCCAUUUUUGUUAAGAUACUACCUUUUCUGCCAUAGCCAUGUUAGCACGGUCUCUGCCACAUUCAAUAUGUGAACAAUGCCAUCCUUCCCGCUCUACGAUAAAUGAAGCUGCAAACGCAAAUUGUAUGGAC